UGUCAGCUGGUCACUAAACGACUGUGACAUGUCAUUGAUAACGAAUUACAGUUGUGUUAGGAGUAUUUAGAGUGUUUCGCGCAUGUCAACCGGACAGGCUGACCUGGCUAUUGAUUCAUACCCCAGUCUCCGCCUCAUGCACGCUAUAUAUAGAGGUUAAAAACACACGUGCUUGCAGAAAGCUGGCAGCGCGAGAUUAGUCAGUCGUAGGACUUUGCGGAGCGACAUUUCAAAAAAGACAACAUUUACAAAUUAAAAUCGAAAAAUGGGUCGUGAAAAGGUAACAUUCGAUUCCGAGAACAAGGCCGGGAAGUGCGAGGGUGUGUUACAAGGGGACUUCUCCCAGACCAAGAAGGGGCUGAUCGUCCUCCAGGAAUGGUUGGGGUAUACGAAACAGAUUCAGAACGAGGCGGAGGAGAUCGGUAACCUCGGAAAGUUCAUCACCCUGGUACCUGACUUGUAUCGGGGUAAACUGGCGACAGAUAACGAAGAGGCUGGUCACCUGAUGAACAACUUGGAAUUUGGCCCGGCGCCAUUGCCGAUAUCCGGGGGCGCCGCCAAGUUCCUCCUGUCGAAAGGCUGCACCAGCGUUGGCGUCACCGGGUUUUGUAUGGGCGGAGCAUUGGCGAUGGCGUCGGCAGCGUUAGGUGUCCGAGAUCUGCGCAGGCAGCAACCGUUCUACGGCAUCCCCGGGGCGUCGCUGGCGGACGUGUCCAAGAUUAAGAUCCCUGUACAAGGUCACUUCGGAGAGAAGGACGAGUUGGAGGGAUUUUCAUCACCAAAAGACGUCAAGGCGCUGGAAGAAAAGUUUAAGAGCGGUGGCGUCCAAUACGAACUGUUUAAUUAUCCUGCAGGGCACGCCUUCACCACUCCACAGGUUCCUAAUUACAACGCCGACUGCUGCAAAACUGCGUUCGGCCGCCUUGUCGAGUUCAUGAACAAAAACCUGAAGUAAUUCAUAUCUGAAUGAACUGCAUAUAUCACGUGUUGCUGUGUAAGCCAAGCGAAAAUUUGCUAUUGUUUACACAAACGCAUUAACUGCCUAUGCCGUAUUGGAAUCGAUUAUUCCAGUUUUUGACUGAUUUUUCUGUCAGUUUUAUUUUUUUAUGUAUGAGCGUUUUCAUUCAUCUCAUUGAACAGAGGUCCAUUAAGUUAAUACAGUCUGUAAUGAGGCUUGCAUUUAAUAAUAUAGACAUGUUAAAUGCCUUACUAAAAUUUCUACCGUAAAUCAACUUUUGUUUUGAUUGUAUCUUUAUUACGAAUAUUGUGAGCACAGCGAAAGUGUAGAGAGCGCCUGUAAAAUCACCUAGUCAGUCUUGAUUCAAGAAAUAAAUGUGCCGGGGCUACCCUGUUGGGAAUU